AGUCAUGACAGGAAGAAGACCUAAGACGAGGGGGACUGGGAAGAAGAAACGAGUUUCCAAGAAGAAAGUACUCUUAUCAGGGAUGGCAUCAGACUUCCCACUAACAGAGGCAGAGAUAAAAAACAUUAAACUGACAUACGAUCUCUCCUCAAAAUCUGACAGACUAGAAGUGAAAAAAGUUGGAACAGUUUUGAGGUUAAUUGGAGGUGCACCUACUGAAAACGAACUAAAUGAGGUCGUUUCAACUUUUGGAGAGGAAGGGACACUUAGUUUUAUAGAAUUUCUUGGUAUAGUGGAGAAACAUAGAAGUAGUCAUGGCUUCAUGGGCGACGAGCUCAGGGAAGCAUUUGGUGUGUUUGACUCAAAUGGUGACGGUGAGAUUGACGCCGGAGAGCUGAUUUCAAUUCUGACACAGGUAGGUGAUCCAUUAACAGAGACUGAGGCGGAGGAGCUGGUCAGAGAAAGUGAUCUUAAUGGAGAUGGCAAGAUCAACUACUUUGAAUUCGUUGCUAUGACGAUGAAACCUUGAUACAUCAACAUCCUGAUCAUCAUCUGAUCACGAUACUUUGAAUUACAGCAGUUAAUUAAUGUGCCAAACUCAGCUAUUUCUAAUAAUACUACUACUAGGAUAGAUUAUUAUUAAAAGUAGCGAUUUUCAUUGUCGAUGAAAUUACAGAAAUAAAAAUUAGAAUUUAGUCCGGAUUUAACUUUCUUGAUGUUUCGAGGGUGAAGCUUAAUAAAAACUUUAAAACGUUUCAUUUAAAAACUGAAAUCCAAAGAGCGAUUUUUAUUUCAAUUCAUGUUAAUCAUCACAACCACAUAUUAUAUUAUCACAAUUAUCAGAUACCAUUACCAAAUAACAGCCGUUCUAACAGUCUACGUAAAUUACCCUAUUAAUUUGAAAAUAUUUGUUAGUCUGUCAAGAGUCUGUGAAACUCAGAUCAGUAUCUUCGUGCCCCAAGAAUGGGUCUCCCCGGCAACGCUUAUCUGACUCUGAUAAGGGUCUGUCUGACACACAAACCAUGUUCAAGACCAUGCUUUGGGAGAUCAGCUCAGUUUGCAUGAAGCAGCUGGUUUUCCUAAUUCCAAAUUGAUUGGGAUCUGAUUUCAAUUACUAGUUUCCUUGAAGCACAAGGCCCUGCUAGUUAGUUAGUACCGAGGCUCAGUCACAUGAGCUGACGAUCGGAUCACGUGAUGUGGACUAACCAACGAGAGUCCAGCAUCUUGAUGAGGAAUCGUGUGUCAUGACUACGUAUCAAACACGUGAACAAGCACUGUAGAUUAGCGUCAAUUAAUUAAAUAAAGGAAGGGCGGAAAUAAACCGUCCACUUCCCUAUCGUCAAUUUGACAAACGUGCUUGCAAUUUCCUGUGUAAACCCAUUAGUUGAAGUUUAUCUAGUUAUCCAAUUGUUUCUUGCUAACAAUAACAUUGUACCAUGGAACUUCUCCGACCUGGUGAUGAAUUUUUGUCCGCAUACAACCCUCCCUCGUCCGGAACAGACAAGCAUCCCCUCCUGGACAACUCUACUUAUCAUGCUAACGAGUCCACCAAGGUAGUCCCGGAAUACUUUGUGUUCAAUUUCCCGACGAGCACGGGCCCCUUAGACCCGGGGGCACAGCACUUUACCCCAUGCUACAACUACCCCACCACCCCCUGCACUCCCAUCACUCCCAGCGCUGAUAUCCCUGGAUCUCCAUUUGAUGUGUUCACCAACUACCAGCAGUUCAUCUAUGACGACCAUGUCGAGCAAGUUCCAGCACCGCUAGACCUGACACUCCAACAACACUCCCCCGCUACCCCGGGCUACCAACUGGACACGGAUCAGUACACCAUGCCUCCUCCACCUCCCCUCCUGCCUCCCUUCCCUUACCCACCAACACCACACCCUUUCUACACUAGUUGUGGGGAGUCGACUAGUUCUUUGUUCACUGCUGAUUUAACCAGACAACCGUUCCCAGACCCCAAUUCGUUUAUCAGCGCACAAGGACUAGGUCACCCUCCCGCCUGUAUGGGUCCUGACUUCAGAGACAGUACAUACAAUAUUAAUGUGAUGACACGUGACAAUGACAGAUUUGUAAUGGACAACACACUCAUCCUGCAAGCUGAGGAGGCCUACAACAGAAAGAACAAUGAGAACGUUCUAGAGAUUUUAUCCUCCCACUUCUUCGACAAGUCCCACCACGAACAGCUACAACAUCUGUGGCUGGCUGCUAUCUACGCUAGAGAAUCGGGAAUUAAGAAGAAGAAUCUAACAGCUGUAGACAGAUACCGUCUCAGAAAAAGGAAUCCUUUUCCGGCCACCAUUUGGGAAGGAGAGAAGACGAUCUAUUGUCUAAAGAAAAGUGCCAGAGACAGUUUAACCAACUUUUUCGAGAGGAACCCCUACCCAACUCCGGCAGAGAAGAGGCGACUAGCGACCUCUUGUGAGCUGAGCUAUGUUCAGAUUUCUAACUGGUUCAAGAACAAGAGGAUGCGAGAGAAAGAGAGUAAUCGACUUAAGUGAAAUAGUGUGUCUAGAGCUGGAUCUGCUCUCAAUAUCAGAACUCGGACAUCGGAUACCAUGAAGUCGAGGAAUUUUAAAUUUUAAAGUUACUUUAGGAUGACCUUAUAGUUAUUCUUAUUCCUUCUAUCAAGUGUAGUGAUAACUGAUAGGUAAGACUUCGAUAAUGAAGACCGUGACAAAUAAAAUCUUUAACAACUUGUAAAUUGUUAUUUACAUUAACUGUCGUUUGCAUUACCAUUUACCUGUAUACGUAUCUAAAAAGUGCAUUUAUUUAAAUAUCAUUUAUAAACUAUUGUCCGUAUAUUAUGGGGCCGGGGGUUUGAAUUUGAAUUAGAUGUUACAACUGAAUAGAUAUAAAUGUAAUAGGUCAUAAAAUUAUGGGAUUGGGAGUAUGGCUCUUUUAAUUUUAUGUGCUGCCACUGUUAACUGGUACAUAUCUUCUUUUAGAUCGCAGAUUAAUUAAUUAUUAAAUUAUAAAUCUUUGAACAUGUAGCGCGAAAAGUGGCAUGCAACGUAUGUCAAAUAAUAACUUGUUUUGUGAUAACAAUUUUACAGAACCAUUCACCUGAACAUGUAUUAAUGCAUCGUACUUAGAAAUAGUAAUAGUAUUAAAAUAAGAAAUUACCUUGGAGUUGGUGGAGCUCCAUAAUGACACAAGCAGCAAGUCUUCUGAAUGAGAAUUCGUCAGCAGCCAGUAAUUGUUUUCCGUGAAUUUCACACGCAAUCCACAAGGAACAUGCAUGCGGCAUACGCUCUGCUUUAUAGUCAGUUAAAAAGGUAAAAUAAAAUAGCAUUGGAGCAUUGGGCGUUGCCGGUUGACGUGGCAAAUUCUUAAAUCAAAACAGCGAAGAUCUUAGGAAAAUUGAUGAAAAUAGAUUUAUGAAGACCGGGCCAAAUAAGCUCUACAGAUCUUACUAAGACUAUGAACCUAUCUAAAUCUAAUACAACAAGAUUUAUCAGCAAUAUUUUCAUUUCAUUUUCAAGUCAAUGUGCAAUGAUUCAAUUUAUCAAUUCCAUUUUGUAGAUUUUUUAUUCAGAACUUUUUUAACGAAUCAAUG